AUGGCGGCGAGCGGUACAACCGACGACAUUGCCAGUAAAAUCUACGCGCGAUGCCGGGAGCAGUUCUCUGGCAGUCAACUGCUCUACCAGCGCGAUAUUUUGAGUCUGGGGAUCAUACCUGCAAAGAAUUUGGAGAUUCUGCUUGAAUGUACUCAGAAACUAGUAGACCAGAAUCUCUUCCGAGUUUAUCAAGAUAGCGACAAUCGAUUAGCUUGGAAAGUCAUAGCUGAGGAAGAUGCAGAAAAAAUCCAGAGUCUCAACGACACCGAAAAACUAGUAUACAAUGUCAUCCAUUCCACAGGCCGAACAGGUAUCUGGAUCCGCCAACUGGGCAAACGAACCGACCUCCACAAAACCAGCUUAGAUAAAGCCCUCAAAUCCCUCGAAGGGAAAAACUUUAUCAAAUCAAUCGUCAAUGUCAAACACCCCGGUAAAAAGGUGUACAUGCUCGCGGAGCUCACGCCAGCCGAAGACGUGACGGGCGGAGCAUGGUUUACCGAUGGAGUGCUCGAUGCAGAAUUCAUUGGUGUCUUGUCCGAGUUUAUUGAGAUAACGGUUAGCAAGAGAACAUGGUAUGAAAUCGUCGUCAAAUCCGGCACUAGCGGCAGCAACAAGAGACAAAAACUCAACACUGGAGAGGUUGUGAAACAAGACGAAAAGGAAAAGAGAUAUAUCCCCUAUCCAGCCGACUAUAAGUACUAUCCAACGGUAGGAGAGAUCACCACCGAAGUGAACAAAACCGGCAUCACCCCUGUGAAAUUAGACGAGGGGAGUAUCAGCCAACUUCUUCGCAUGAUGUGCUUUGACGGGAGACUCGUCUCUUUAAACGAUCACGCAAAUUACAAAGCUGUCAGACGACCUGAUGAGAUCAUCAAGGCUCGUGCGGAUGCAGACCGGACUCCGGAGGUUCAACAAAAGAUAUUCUACAAUGGGAAGAACGGCAUGACCGAAGCGCCCUGUGGACAAUGUCCCGUGUUCAAGAUUUGCCAACCGGGUGGAACUGUGAGUCCGGAGAACUGCGAGUAUUUUGACGAGUGGUUUCAAAAAGCUUUGGGGUUCUGA